AUGAAGAGCACUUGCGAAUUGUGGAAGAUACAACCAAAUGAUUUUAAGGUGAAUUACAUCCCAGGUAUAUGUCCAAGAGUGACGUACCUGCUUUACGAAAUCAGGUGGGGCAGAAGUACCAAGUUCUGGAGGCACUGGUGUCGAAACACCCCAACCCAGCACGCCGAAAUCGCCUGCCUGGAACAUGACUUCAAGAAGUUAAAGUUCAGGCCAUCAGUGCGCUGCUCCAUCACCUGGUUCCUGUCCUGGAGCCCCUGUGGGAAAUGCUGCCGGAGUAUAGUGGAGUUUGUGAGGGCACACCCCAGUGUGACUCUGAAGAUAAAAGCAGCGUGGCUCUUUAGGCAUAUGGAUGAACGCAACCGACAAGGCCUCAGGAACCUGAUGGAGAAUGGAGUAGCCCUAUACAUCAUGAACCUGCCAGAUUACAGAUACUGCUGGAGAACAUUUGUUGCCCAUCCAAAUGGAGAGGAAGAUGACUAUUGCCCCUUGGUGCCCUCUCUGUGGAUCAUUUUCUAUUGUCUAGAACUCCAGCAUGUCCUUUGGCUUUGA